AUGUCUUUUUCAUUGCAAGAUAAUGCUCUUUUUGUGACCCAUCUAAUUGAUUUGAGGAGAGAAUUCGAACUCGAAACCAAAUCCCAUACUCUCGAGUUGAACGUCACCGCAUCCAUCACCAUCAAGCACCACGCCACUCCCCUCCUCCCCCUUACAAUGCUAUGUUCCAGAGCCCGUAGCUACUUAUUAUCACCACUCUCUCUCUCUUCCCUCCCUCCUCUCAAACCCCUCCACCUCCUCCGCCGCCGCUUCAAACCUCAAACCACCGUAACGCCUCCGUCAAUCACUAUGUCAACCUCAACCACACCCAACCACCACAUCAUCGAACACGUCGUCCUCUUCAAAGCCAAGCCCAGCGCCGAACCCACCCGAAUUAACGCAAUGGUCAACGGCCUCAACAGCCUCACUUCACUCAACCAAGUGCUCCACCUCACCGCCGGUCCACUCCUUCGCACCCGAUCCCAAUCCCUCUCCUUCACUCACAUCCUCCACACUCGCUAUAAAUCCAAAACCGACCUCGCCGACUAUUCCGCACACCCCAGCCACGUGGGCGUCGUCAACGAAUUCGUCAAACCGAUCGUCGACGACAUCAUGGCCUUCGACUGGGUGAACGAUGACGUCACUUGUCCGGUGGUCGUGAAACCCGGUUCGGCAAUGAGAGUUUCUUUGUUGAAAUUGAAGGAAGGUUUAGAAGAAAAUGAAAAAGAGAAAAUUUUGGGUGUUAUCGGAGGACUGAAAAGUAAAUUUGGAUUAAUUGAUCAGCUUAGUUUUGGGGAAAAUUUCUCGCCGGAUAGAGCCAAGGGGUAUUCGAUCGGAUCAAUUGGGGUUUUUCCGGGAUUGAGUGAAUUGGAAGAAUUGGAUUCGAAUGCUGAGCUUGUCAAUGAGCAGAAGGAGAAAGUGAGGGAUUUGCUUGACAGUGUGUUGGUAGUGGAUUAUGUGGUUCCACAAUCUCAAACGGCCAGUCUUUGAUUGAGGUAAAUCCAAAUUUUCACUAUUGUUGUUGCAGCUUUUUAGAUUGUAAUUGGGUUUUGUUGAAUUUUGUGUAAUGCGAUGGUGUUUAUGUUUUGAAUUCGAUAUCUUGGUGGAUUUUGUUGUGGUUUCUGAUAAAUUGAUGGCGUAAUGUAUAUAGUUUUAGCUUUAUGAUGGCAUGGUUCAAGGUAUCGACGAUACCUAUAUUAG